UCUCGGGAAAAAGGAUCCCUGUAAAUGGAUAAAUUGGACAAGUGUCGCGUGUGCUGCUGCCGAGUCAAAUGGGAGGACGAGGCAUACAACUUGUUGCAGAUCCCCAAAGUGGCAGCAAUGUUCACAGCCUGCACAAAUUUGUCGGUGGAUCCGCGGGAGCAGUAUACGCUGCCCAGUGCCCUUUGCUGUGGUUGCUACGAGGAGCUGGAAAAGUUCCACGCAUUUCGUACCCUCUGCAUAGAAGCAGACACCAAAUGGCGCGCAAUCAAAGAAGGAACGGAUGCGGAUGUGGAUGUCGGUGUGGAUAUCCCGGAUGUGAAUGAGACUCUACGCGAAUUCGACCUACUGAUGGCAAGGAAAAGCACGGCUCCACCCAUUGAACCCAUAGCGCUAGCUCCUGAUCUACCCAUUGAACUCAUACAGCCAUGUCCUGUUCCGCAAAUGGAAUCCACACAGCUACGUCCGUGGUCACCCCUUACAACCAUUCAUGCAAGUCGUGUGCCACUGCUUGCAUCCAUCCAUCAGAUUCCUGAGCCGCCCCUUCCACCCAUAAAUUCGAGUCCUGUCCUCAUUGAAUCCAUACAGAUAAUUCCUGCCCAACCCUCGGAAUCCAUAGUAUGGAAAAAUCCUGUGCCAGCCAUUGAGUCCACACAGCUGGAGCUGCUGGAGUUUAUGGAUGCCAAAAGGAGUAAUCAAACGUCACGGCAGAAUAAGGAACAAAAUGAAACGAACCAAAACCCCCAAACGGUUCAUACAAAGUUGCGUUCCUCAAAAGAAAGGCCCCCCCGAAGUGCACAGAAGAAAACUGAGGAAGAGAGCAAGGAACCUAAUCGGAAGACUCCAAAAGAUCCCGAAAAGGCUCCACGAAGUGCAAAGAAUAAAACUGUUGAAGAAGUCAAGAAACCUAAUGGAAAGACUUCAAAAAAUCCCGAAAAGGCUCCUACAGACCUUUAUGUUCUCCAGCGAUCCUCAGAAGAAAAGCGUCAUCGGAGUGCAAAGAAUAAAACUGUGGAAGAAGUCAAGUCAAAAGAUCACGAAAAGUCUAUUUCAGAACAGGCUAAUUCAGACCAGGAUCGUCUGGAUAUCUCCAAAAGCGUCAAACCGCGCCCAAAUGUCUAUCAAAAUGGUCCAUAUUCAUUAAAAAGAAUAAUUUUGGACAAGUAUCUAAAUGGAACAAAUCCACAUGUAGAGGAGGUCCCUUCAGAGCAACCGAAGAUCGAGAGCACAGAUGACGGAAAGAGUUCCGAAAGUUCAAGCCAGACACCAAGGAAAAAAAAUAAAUCACAUACAGGAGAGGCGAUUGAAGAAUCCUACAAGUCACAUGCAGCAGAGGUGAUAGGAGAAUCUUCCAAUCAGGACUUUGUCAGUCGCUUUUUUACGUGCGACAUCUGCUGCAAGAAAUUUGCUUCCGAAAGACGCUGCCAGAUCCACAAGCAGCAGCAUGGUGGCCAUCUGCUCUUUCCCUGCAAACAGCCUGGGUGUGCGGAAAGCUUUAAUAGACGGGAGCAACGCACUGAGCACAUGAAGAUACACACGGUAAAUUGGUUCAUCUGCGAACAGGAGGGAUGCAACAAGAAAUACCGUCACAAGGCAACGUUGGUGACACACCAGCGAAAAGCCCAUGAUAUAGGAGGGUCCGCCUCCAAGUCGCACGCUUGCGAGUUUUGCGGCAAGGUAUUCCACACUCUGGCCACGCUCAAUCAUCAUCGGUACACGCACAAGGACAAGAUACAAAUGCCGUUUGCCUGCGAGGAGCCGGGCUGCUCCUUGCGCUUCCGGAAACGGCACCACCUCCUGGACCAUACGAUGCGACACAAGGGCAUCAUGAACUACGAGUGUCCCCACUGCGGCGUGAAGAAGAUGACCCUGCACGAGCUCAAAGUCCACAUCAAUCACCACACUCUGGAGCGCACCUGGUCCUGCCCGCACUGCUCGAAGGUUUGCAACAGUUCGACCAAUCUGGGAGCGCACAUUCGUGCGAUCCAUGAAGCUGUUAGGAAAUAUCAGUGCGGCUAUUGCAACAUGUCCUUUGUGAGGUCCCACACGAGGCGAUAUCACGAGAUGAUUCACACGGGCGAGAGGAACUACAAGUGCAUGGAGUGUGGCAAGGGUUUCACCCAGCCCGCCACACUGCGCUCCCACCGAAAGAUCCACGAGAGAUCCAAGCCGAGACCACCAACUCCUGUUGUCUCCAUAGUUCCUGUGCUUUCCGUGGUGCCCAUGUCGAUUACCGUGGUGGGCAGCGAAUUGCUUCAAAAAUAAGUUCUUCUAUCUGAAAUUUAGAAUUAAAUG